AUGCGGGGGUUCAACUUGCCGCACAAACACAGAGAGCUUCGCAGAUGGGUACAGGCGGAGAAGUUUAUGUUUGGAUGCUUGUUGGAAACUAGGGUACAACAAGGAAAUUUUGCUGAUUGUUUGGAAGCGGCUUUACCUGGUUGGGCAGCUAUGUCUAACUAUGAAUUCAAUCCUUUAGGGAGGGUCUGGUUCUGCUGGUCUGACAAGGUUGUGGUCACUAAGCUUCAUAGUAGUGCACAGGUCAUUACCUAUGCAAUUCAGAUUCCUGAGACGCAGGAGCAGUUCAUAUGUUCAGCGGUCUAUGCAUCAAACUGUGAAGUGGAAAGAAGACGGCUUUGGUGGGAACUUCGGGGAACUCAGGCCGCUUAUAGCCAUCUAGACAUGCCUUGGAUAGUGGCUGGUGAUUUUAAUGCGAUUCUUUCUUCUAGUGAACACUCCCGGAGAUGCUUAACAAGCUCUAGCCAGAUGGGAAUGACGCAGAUUCAGGAGGCGGUGGGGGAUUGCAAUCUAACUGAUCUUACGCAUUCAGGACUGAUAUUUACAUGGUGGAAUAAUCAGGAAGCUGAUCCUAUUGGCAAGAAACUGGAUCGGGCUCUCAUCAAUGGAUCAUGGCUUCGAAGUAUCCGCAAGCGUCUUGUCGAUUUGAGGCAGGGGGAUUUCAGAUCACGCAAGAUGUGUGACUUCCUCCCCACGGUGAAGAGAGUUUGGGACUCCACUCAACCUAUACAUCACUCCCGUACAGCUUUAAGUAGAUUCCAUGCUAAGUUAAAUCUCUUAAAGUAUGAUAUGCGGCUGCUUAAUAAGACACAUUAUGGGGAUCUUCCUGCGAGGACUAAACAAGCUCUUGAGGAGAUGUGUCGCUGCCAAAACUUGGUGCUGCAGGACCCGAGUCCGGAACUGAUAACCUAUAGAUGUUCGUCGGAGUCAGCUGCUGGUCUUAUAGCUCCAGUGUCUGAAAAGGAAAUCUUAUCUGCAUUGCAUGCUUUACCCAAUGAUAAGGUCUCGGGGCCUGAUGGAUUUACCAAGGAAUUUUUUAAUGCUGCUUGGGCAAUUGUUGGAAAGGAGUUUAUCAUUGCGGUGCAGUCUUUCUUUCUAUUUGGCUUCUUACCCACUGGCAUCAAUGCAACAAUUCUUUCCCUUAUACCUAAAUCGGUGGAAGCGAAGACCAUGAAGGACUACCGACCGAUUGCCUGUUGCAAUUUACUAUAUAAGGUCAUUUCUAAAGUCCUUGCUCGUCGGCUCAAGACAAUCCUGCCAGAGGCCAUAGAAGUUAAUCAGACAGCGUUUAUCAAGGGGCGCCUAUUGCUUGAAAAUGUCCUCCUUGCUUCAGAAUUGGUAAACGGGUACCAUAGGACCUCCAACUCCAACAGAUCAACAGUGAAGUUUGACAUCUCGAAAGCCUUUGAUACCGUCAAAUGGUCGUUUAUCACUUCUGUUUUGCAAGCUAUGGGCCUACCUCUGCAGUUUAUCCUCUGGAUUAAGGUUUGUAUUUCAUCGGCUGCUUUCUCUGUCUCCGUGAACGGCAGUCUGGAUGGUUUCUUUACAAGUGCUAGGGGUAUACGACAGGGAUGUUCUCUGUCACCAUACCUCUACGUUAUCUUGAAUAAUGUCCUCUCUAAGAUGUUAAACAAAGCUGCGGAAGAGCAUCAGUUUGGUUAUCAUCCCCAAUGUAAAGAAGUGAGACUCACUCAUCUAUGCUUCGCUGAUGACAUUCUAGUUUUCACUGAUGGUUCUGUUGGUUCGCUGAGAGGAGUUCUGAGGGUGAUGGAGCAGUUUGCAAAUAUCUCCGGUCUUCAUAUCAAUGCCUCAAAGUCAUCCAUAUUUGCCACAGGUCAGCACAUAAACCCUUUGCUAAGUGAAGCCGUGAGUUUGGGGAUAACAGUGGGAAGUUUACCAGUCAAGUACUUGGGUAUGCCGCUUACUACCAAAGCUUUAACAAAGCAAGACUACGAGCCAUUGAUAGACAAGAUGGGGAGACUCAUGGAUAUCAUGGGCGAUGUGGGUACGUACUACCUUGGGGUUGCGAGAACCGCUCGAGUUAGUGAAGCAGUUCUGGGUCAGCAAUGGAACAUCAGGGGUCACAGGAGUAGGCAUUACCAUGCACUUCAUGACCGUAUCCAGAAUGAAAGGGUACCACUUGAUGAACAUGGUAGAGACGUGGUGCUUUGGAAGCAUGCUGAGAACACAUAUAAACCGCACUUCUCUUCUAGUAGAACUUGGGAUCAGGAUCGACUAUCAACUGGAGUGCGUAUGAGGGCGUGGGGCAUACAUCAAGGUUGCUUGAUGUGUGGAGAAAGGGAUGAGUCGAGGGACCAUAUCUUUUUUGCUUGUCCCUUUACUUUCACUGUCUGGAAUAGACUUGCAGGUCGGCUGUGUGGGCGAAGGAUCAAUCCUGACUGGAGUCUUACUUUGCAAUUUGUUACCAGAAACACUCUUAGCAGCUUGGACAAGAUACUAGUCCAAAUGCUGUUUCAGACAUGCAUCUAUUACAUGUGGAAGGAGAGGAACGAUCGUAGACAUUAG